AUGGCGGGGAAUAAAGUAAAGACGAUCUCUUGUCUUUGUCUCCUUCAGGUGUGUCUCACCGAGUGCGAAGCCAACGUCUCCCCAGCCUUCUCCUGGGACUUCUGUCGUAAGGUGCUGUCAUCGCCACUUUCCUCCCUCACCGGUAUCGUGCGUAAGAGAUCUCAGGAGGAGGUGGAGGCCCUGUUCCCUGAGGAAGAGGAGGAGCAGGUGGCAGGAGAUCUGUGGCUGCCCUUUGCACUGCAGAGGUACGAUCACGUGACCCGGGCGCUCGGGGUGGACGAGAGGGAUCUGGGUGGCAAGGGCCGUCAGCUGAACACUGCCUACAAUUCCCAGAAUGCCCUGUCUCUGGAGGAUGAGUAUGAGGAGGAGGCAGGGCAGGAAGAAGGGGCUGCUGACAUGUUAGCGAGAGGACAGGGCGAUGUAGGGCUGAGUGUCUCCAAGAGGUUCGGCGGCUUUGUCAAAGGGAGGCACGGCUACAGGAAGCUGAUGUCUCCCGGGAGAUCGUACCAGAAGAGGUAUGGCGGCUUCAUCGGCAUUCGGAAGUCAGCCCGCAAGUGGAACAACCAAAAACGUUUCAGCGAGUUCCUGAAGCAGUAUCUGGGGAUGAGCACGAAGGCCACUGAGUUCAACAGCGUGUCCGAGGACCUCACCCAACAGAAUGAAGUUUAACUCCUCACUGACAUCAAACUGUUUCCUGAUGUGCAACGUAUCUUAAUGCAACGGUUCGUACCAUCAUACCAA